GGAGCCGCAUCCCGCUCCGGAUUCCGGGGGAUGCGCUGCUGUGUGUAUUUAUUUCACUCCACUCCGCAGUGCUCGAAAUCCAAGAUGGCUGCGGGGGAGAGCGGUGCGAGGGCUCCAUGUCUCAGUUUCUCGGCACCAGGGCCUUUAGGCAACGUUCAGCCGAGCAACAGCGCUCAUUCUUCUCCGGCCAGCAACGGGGCGUCGGCGGGAGCGACUGGAGGUGCGCAGGGGGCCACGGGGCACUCUAACCCCCAGCCGGGCCGAGGUAGCGGAGGAGGCGCCGGCGUUGCUUUAGGCGCUCCGCCGAACACGCGCAACCCUAGCCAGGCAUCGGCGGCUCAGAACGCGCCGGCCGCUGCGACAAACAUGACGGCCGCAUCAGCCGCUUCCCCGGCAGCCGCGAUCGCGACGCCUCCCCCGGUGCCGGCUGCUCCGCCGUCGGCCGCCGUCUUGGUGUACCGAGAGCCUGUCUACAACUGGCAAGCGACGAAAAGCACCGUCAAGGAGAGGUUCGCCUUCCUGUUCAACAACGAGGUGCUCAGCGACGUGCAUUUUUUAGUGGGCAAAGGGAUGGGUGUGCAGCGAAUACCCGCGCACAGGUUUGUUCUGGCAGUUGGCAGCGCGGUGUUCGAUGCCAUGUUCAAUGGGGGUAUGGCCACGACCUCUACUGAAAUAGAGCUACCUGAUGUGGAGCCGGCCGCUUUCCUCGCGCUUCUCAAGUUCCUGUAUUCGGAUGAAGUGCAGAUUGGGCCUGAGACGGUGAUGACCACGCUCUACACGGCUAAGAAGUACGCCGUGCCAGCUCUGGAGGCCCACUGCGUGGAGUUCCUCAAGAAGAACCUGCGUGCUGAUAAUGCUUUCAUGCUGCUCACACAGGCACGGCUCUUUGACGAACCUCAGCUGGCCAGUCUGUGCUUGGAGAACAUAGACAAGAACACGGCGGAUGCCCUGGCGGCCGAGGGCUUCACGGACAUCGACUUGGACACCCUGGUGGCUGUGUUGGAGAGGGACACUCUGGGUGUCAGGGAGGUGUGUCUGUUUGUGGCAGCGGUCCGCUGGGCAGAGGCAGAAGCCCAGAGGCAACAGCUCCAGCCCACACCGGAGAACAAGCGCAAGGCGCUCGGCAAGGCCCUGGCACUCAUCCGCUUUCCACUCAUGACCAUCGAGGAGUUUGCCGCAGGCCCUGCUCAGUCCGGCAUCCUGAUGGACCGGGAGGUGGUCAGCCUAUUCCUGCACUUCACGGUGAACCCCAAGCCGCGCGUCGACUUCAUCGAUAGGCCGCGGUGCUGCCUGCGGGGGAAGGAGUGCAGCAUCACGCGCUUCGGCCAAGUGGAGAGCCGCUGGGGCUACAGCGGGACCAGCGACCGCAUCCGGUUCUCAGUGAAUCGCAGGAUAUUUGUGGUUGGAUUUGGCCUCUAUGGUUCAAUACAUGGACCUACAGACUAUCAGGUUAACAUACAGAUCAUUCACACAGACAGCAACACGGUCCUGGGCCAAAAUGACACUGGCUUCAGCUGUGAUGGGUCUGCAAACACCUUCCGCGUCAUGUUCAAGGAGCCGGUGGAGAUCCUUCCCAACGUCAACUACACGGCUUGUGCUACACUCAAGGGUCCAGACUCUCACUAUGGCACCAAGGGCAUGAGGAAGGUGACCCACGAGGCCGCAGCCACGGGCACCAAAACCUGCUUCACGUUUUGCUAUGCAGCAGGCAAUAACAACGGCACCUCUGUGGAAGAUGGUCAGAUUCCUGAGGUCAUCUUUUACACAUAAUGCUCCUACAUGACGACCUUUGUGGGAUGUUUGUAGUGUAGUGACCCUGUACUUAACUCAUCAGCUCUGUGCCCACGGACGAUGGAUGUAAAUACAAAGGGCGACCGCUGCGAUGGCGCGGUUGACAAACAACGAUUUAAGACUUUCCUGGCACGCAGACCUCCCGAGACAUUAUUUUGACAGAGUGACCAAUGGACUGCUGACUGAGCAGAUGACUCGACGCAUGUACUCGUAAUGAGUUGAGGUUAACAUUUUGGUGGCUGGAGACAAGUUAAUUCAGAAUUUCGGGUUUUGAGUCGGUAAAUGCAGUCGGUUGGUCAUCUAGUCAAUUUGAUUGUACAUUUAGUAUUUUUUGUUUGUUGUGGAAUGCAUAACCGUGACAUUCCUUAAGUCCCUGCCCAUGGCCCCUACUAUGUUCCACCCUCCCCGCACAUUAACAGCCUCACUGUUGUUGCUCAGCAGUUUCUUGCUCAUCUGUUCCAUCACACGUUCUGAUUGGUUGCACUAAAGCACUUUUGAACACGGACUUGGCCACAGACAAUCACCGAGGAACGGCAGUCGUGUGACGUCUUACUCUUUGCUUUUGUCAAAGGAGAAGGUGGUUUAGGUGUGUCAUCUUCCCAGUAAGCAUUUCCUGCUUGGAUUAUGAGUAUAGUUUAAACAUCUCUAAUCCUAUACAUGCAAAUCACUUAAUGUAUCUUACAUAACUUAUUUAGUCUUGUGCAUGAACCUAGUUUGCCAUUUUCAACCAAAGUGUUUUAUGGCUGUGUAAUAAAGACCUUUAUGCGCUUGAUUCUCUGAACUGCUGGAGGCAGACAGACUUACCUGCCUCACUCUCGUGGUGUGGUGCAUUAACACAUACCUACCUAAAGCAAAACUAGAACAAAUGAAAGACUGAAGAAGACAAAUUCAUGCAAGACCAAGUGAGGUGGUGGGGGGGGGGACCCAACAGAGAGACUGGGCCAAAGUGCAUCCAACAUAGUGAGUGACAUUGGCUCAGCCAAUCAUGUCCCUGUAAUGUCUAAGGUGUGCUUACGGUAGAAAUGUUGUAGGAAUAUGUAAAUAUUAAGCACAAACAUUAAAAAUCCUAAAUGAAAAGUCAGCCUUCUCAGUGAAGUGAACGUUGAAGCAUCAUUUGACUUCUCUGAAUUGGUGUCUUGCCAUAUACUAGUGAAUGUGUAUUUUGCAAACUCAGUUACUGAUGGCUGUAGUGUAUGUGGAAGAAGGUAUUUUGAAAAUAAAAUACUGAUAUCGAGGUACCA